AUGAUCUAUGAUUAUUCGCUUGAGCCAAGAGCGAUCUUUCGGCAUACGAACCGCGAAGAUCAACGGGAACAAAACCAGGGUUACGACCUGCCAGAGACGGAUUCUAGCAAAGAAGACCCGCAGAUGAUUCUCGAUAUGAUGUACCAACCGGAAGUGGCUGAUGAGGACCUACCAGUUCCAGACGAGCUUUACGAUGAGUUUUGGCAUGACCCUAAUGGGCCCCCAGGCCUUUUCUCUGACAGCCAAGAAGUCAUGCUUACGUACAAGAUCUUCAUGUCAACACCACUACUUCUCGUUUCCAAAGAAGUUAAUAGAGAGGCGGGGAGAGUACUCAAAGCCAACAAACGGGGAUGGAUCAAUUACUACAACGAAGUUGCGCGUUUCAACAUACACUACCAUCGGAUCAUCAAACCCUCCAAGGCUUUUCAGUACCUUUGGUCUCGCAGUCAAGUAGUUCUGGAGAACACUACCGAGGACACCUUGUUCUUCCUGCAGAUCCUACCAGAGGUCUUGAAAAAGAGCCUCCAUAGUUUGAUCAUCACCAAAAGCUUGAUAAAUAUUGAUGAUGUGUUUUCGAUAGCACUCUGGCAAACUGACGACGAAAAUGGCGGAUCGUUCAUGUCAAACUUGAUCAAAGGACACUAUCCUAACCUGCGAACAAUGGCCCUUGAGAUACCAAGUACGGAGGAAGAGAUGAGGAGCAAUCUCUACAACGCUUCCCGGAGCUUAUGCGAUAUGCUCAAGAUGAAAGAUCUAAAUACCCUCAGGUACUUCUUCAGGGAGGCUUGCUUUUCUCAAUCCGACGGCUGGUUUUUCCUAGAUGUGGAUCAAGAAGGGUUGGAGUUUAGCGAUGACACCGACGACUACGAGGUGGGAGACGACGAAUACUCCGAGCGCUACAAACAACCACUGGAUGGCGUCGAGGAACCUAUUUCGCCUACUUCAAUCGGAUCUGCAGUAUGGCGCGAUCUCGGAAUGGAGCGCGUCGUCAAGAUCACGAGGUCGCAGACAGCAGCCUAG